CGGCGGCCGCGGUCGCGUCGCGCGUCGCGGCCGCUGGCCGCGGGCCGCCGCCCCGAAGGCGUCCUGCGAGGGGGCCCGGCGGGUCGCCUCGCCGCCGCUGCGCGGCGCCGACGGGCGCCGAGUCGCAGGUUUGCAGCCGCCGAUGCUGGAGCGGCGGCCGUGCACGGCGGCCGAGUGGACCAGCCAGGCGCAGCUCUCGCGCGAGAUCGAGCGCAAGCGGCCGAGCACCGGCGUGCUGCAGCCCCCCUCGCUGGCGUCGCCCAGGCGCCGCACCCCGCGGGACGGCGGCGCUGCGGGCGCCUGGGGCGCCGGCGCCGCAGGCUGCGGGAGCGCCGUUGCCGCGGGCGCCUCGCCGCUCAUCUCGCCGCCUUCGGCGGCGUCCCUGCAGUCGGUCUCGCCGCGGGCGGCCCGCCCCCGCGACAGCGAGGGCGCCGCCCUGGAGAUGCACAGCCGGCGCGCGGGCCGGCUGUUGCAGGCGGCGGGCGUGUACGGUGCCACGGCGCCCGCGCCCGGCACGCCCCGGCACGAGGCGCCGCGGGGCGGCGCGUCCCCCAGGCGCAGGCCCUCCCUGGGCCCGGUGGAGUGCAGCCCGAGGUACCUGGCCUCGGCGCGCGUGUGGCCCGCCAGCCUGCAGCUGGCCAAGGCGGAGCCCGGCGCCCCCCGCCCGCUGCUGCCCCCGCAGCCGCCCGCGCGGCCCAGCGAGGGGCCCGUCCCCGCGCCCUGGCUGGUCGUCGAGGCCGUCGGCAGGCUCUCGCUGCGCGGCGAGCACGGCGAGGAGCACCCGCCGCCGCAGUGCUGGCUCGUGGUCGAGGCGCCGGGGCCCGGCGGCGUGGAAGCGCCCGCCGCGGGGAGCGUGGUGCUCUGCGAGGAGGCCGGGGGCGGCGUGGCCAGCUUGGACGGCGGCGCGGUGCGGGCCGUGGGCCAGGAGCGCCUGACCGUCGCGGGGGCGGCCGCCAACCUGCGGCACGCGGCGCAGGGCAGCAGCCCGCUGGCGCUGCGCCACGCCGCGCAGGUGCUGCGCCUGCUGCGGGCCCGCCUCGCGCAGGACGCGCCGUGCGACGCCAGGCAGCCGGGGCCCGCCGGCCUCGAGGAGGAGCUGAGGCGCUUGGAUGACCUACAGGACUACGCCAGGCGCCUCGAGCCAUUCAUCCUGAAGAACAUGGCGUUCCAGCGCCGCCAGCGGCGCUCGGCGCCAGCAGCGCCGAACCUCCGGAAGCUGGAGGCCUUGUUGUCCGAGCUGGAGCUGGGCACCGCCUCUGCCAGCACCAGCUGGGAGAAGAGGCGGAGGAUGAUCCUCAAGGGCGAGGUGGCUUUCGGAGCCCUCAAGGAGUUCUUGUGCCGCCGCUACGGCAAGAGCUCGCUGGGCUGGUGGCGAGCGAUGGAUGCGAAUUCUGGGAAUAUGGCGAUGGGCGAGGUAGCAUUCUACCGCUCCUGUGAGCGCGUGGGCUUCCAGCCUCCCGCCCCGGUCGGGCUGAGGGACCUGUGGAGGUACCUGGACCAGGACACCAACGGCAUGCUGGACAUCUGCGAGCUCGACGUGCGGCAGGCCACGGAGCUCAUGCACUUCAAGCGGUGGGCCCACGACGCCUUCGGGGCCGGCCCAGCCGGCAUAGAGAGCAUGUUCCGCGAGUUCGACGGGAACAACAUCCCCGGCAGGGUGUCCCAGCUCGAGUUCUCGAGGGCCUGCGAGCGCCUCGGUUACGACCGCGCCGCCGAGAUCUUCGGGCUGCUGGACGUGGACGCCGCCGGCUUCCUUGUCCAGGACCACUUCCUGUUCUUCGGGCGCUGGCACCCACCGCGGCACCGGCUGGGCUGCCCGAGCCCCAGCUCGCUUGCGGAGAUCAAGCGCCGGCUCCUGGCGCGCUUCGAAGGCAAUGCGCUGCGAGCCUGGCACUUCGGCCUGGACAAGAACAGGAACAUGCGCCUGUGUUUCCGGGAGUUCGAGAGAGCAACCCAGGAGCUCCUUCGCAGACCGGGUGCAGAAGACGGCGCAGAUGCAGAGUCCAUCGACGUGGCCGGCGCAUGGGCAGCCUUGGACGCGGACAAGUCGGGGUACGUUGCGCUCCAAGAGUUCGAUAGGGACGCGCACGCGGCGCUGCUUGCGUUCACGCAGUGGGCAGCAGGCAGGUUCGGAAGCGUGCUCCGCUCCUUCAAGAGCAUGGACAAGCACGGGGCCAACCAGCUGUCCCUGAGCCGCUUCCGGCGGGCCUGCGGGCGCGGCCCCCUGCCACUCGAGAUCGUCGACGUCGUGUUCAAGGGGCUGUCCACCCAAGGAUUUCUGCGGCAGAAGCACGUGAUGUUUCUGGACGACUGGUCCGUGUCUGACGACUACGUGGACUCGAUCGCACCCAGCAACUUUCUCCGUGGAUCGCGGCCUUUUUCCGAGCUGCUCCUGCAGGAUGGUGGCCCGAAGAACUCCGACCUCGAAGAUGGCAUGGAGGUGCACGAGGCCAUUGUGCGGGCAUCGCCCCUCCAGGGCCUGUCGGUCUCCCCCGAGGUGGCGCGCUUGGUGGCAGGCCUGGGGAGCCGGGAGGGCGGCGAGAUCGACAGGCAGCGGCGCAACGAGCGCGUCAUGUACUUCUUCCUCGGCUCGUCCUCGGCCCUCUUCGUGUCGAUCCUCGUCCUCGUCGGGCUGCCGCCGAAGGACGAGGACGGCACCUUCAACCAGUCGUAUUUCCUGUCCAGCUUCGCCGUGUUCCGCGUGGUGUUGUCUGUGCUGCUGUGCCUGUGGGGCAUGGGCGCCGUGGCGCAGUUGUGCCGCGACAACCACAUCAACCACAUGUUCAUCUUGCAGGUCGACCCGCGCUGCCGGGUCAGCGCCGACUUCUUCUUUAAGAAGGCAGCUUUGUUGACUAGUUUGUGGAUAUCUUCUUCUUCGGCAUGUACAUCAUCGACUAUAAGUGGAUGGUGCUGCCGGCCGUGGGGACCCGCGGCUACAACUCGCGCUCCUCGUGGCACUAUGUGCUCUACCCCUCCGCGCUGCUGGCGUGCACGCUGCUCGCGGGGCUCGCGCCCUCCGGCGUGUGCUCCGGCGCCUACAAGGCCCAGGUCAUGCGCGGCGUCUGGCGCACCUGCAUGGCCCCCCUGUUCGCGGUGACCUUCGGCGACAACCUAAUCGGCGACGUCAUGACGAGCCUCGCCAAGCCGCUGCAGGAGAGAGCCCGCCUGUCCUCCGGCCCCGAAGGGGUGAUCGCCACCCCGGGGAUGAUCUGGACGCGUCGUCGCCGGAGUAGGAAGAAUGAG